GCAGAUUGUGAUUUGGUGCAGAGUGCGCGUGGGUGCGCUGAGGAAAUUUCAGGUCUCAGUUCGAGUAGGAGCAGAUAGGAAGGAAGGAAGGCCGUCUACAACUUCAACCAAUACGACUACAUACCACAGAUGCUUUUCUCCACAAGCAACCGGAACCACGUCGAGCCACCCAACCGGACAUCUCGCGCACAAUGCUGGACGGCCCGGGACGGAUACUUUGGAUGUCUCGAGCGCAACCAUCGGCAGCAGAGCGAACAACAGACAUCGGGGAAUAAGUACUACUUCGUGCCCGGAGAGGAGCCCAAACAGGUCUGCUCGACUGAGCGCGAGGCCUAUCAUUCUCUCUGUAUGAAGAGCUGGGUCGAACAUUUCAAUAAACGUAUCGUCAACGAACAGCGCUCGGUGGCCACUCAAGUCGGUCUCUCCAAAUCCCGCCAUCCUCCUUAGAGUCGAUCUUCUCCUUAGAAUCAAAAACCCCAUCAACACAUUUCAACUUUGUUGUUGUUAUUAUCACCAGUCCCUAAGCGGUCCGAUUGUCGAUUUUUUUUAAAAAAAAACCGUAAUAAACAUUGUCACCAUUCCUAGAACUUGUACACACGUUCUGCAUGUAUGUACUUCACAAACACCCUUAUAUCCUCGGAAAACAACCUUUGAAACCAUUGUCGAUCGUGCCUUACGAAAACGAUCACAGUCGAGGGCUAAUCCUU